AUGCAUUUGAUGGUAGAAUGGUCCAUUAUGUGUUGGAAUGUUAGGGGUCUGGGUAGGAAGGUUAAAGCUCGUGCUAUUAGGAGAUUUGUAGAGGAGAAAAAACCAACUAUCUUAUUUUUGCAAGAAUCCAAAUUGGAAACUGUUAGCACUAUGUUAGGCAGGAAAAUGGGAGGAAAAAUCCUUAAUGGUUUGGCAGUUGUGCCUGCUGUAGGUUCGGCUGGUGGUCUAAUAACAAUGUGGAAUCAGAAGGUGGACUGUCCAGUGUGUUUAGGUGGGGAUUUCAAUGCCUUUUUGACGCAGGAAGAGAAAAGGGGUGGUGAUGUGAAUUUGAUGUCGAUGAAUAUUUUUCGAGAUUUUGUCUCUAAGGCAAAUCUAAUUGAUUUGCCUUUAUUGGGAGGUCAGUUCACGUGGUGUAAUAAUAGAGAAGUUCCCACUUUUGAGAGAUUGGAUCGGUUUUUAGUUGAUAAUAGUUUUUUCUCGCAAUUCCCAAAGAUCAACCAAAAUCUGCAGCCUAGGUCCAUUUCUGAUCAUAAUAUCAUUCUGCUGGAGAAUAGGGAGUGCAAUUGGGGGCCGAAAUCGUUUAGACUGUUUAAUUAUAUGUUGGAGGAGGAAGGGUUUAGUGAACUGUUGACAAAAGAACUGUUCAAUCUGGGUACACAGGAAAACUCGAUACCCAUUUCCAAAAUUCUUAACCGGGUGAAGGAUGUCGCAAAAAAUUGGGCUGGUAAGGGUUUUCUUCAAUUACCAAGUCAAAUCAGAACCUUGGAGUCUGUGAUACAGGAUAUGGAAAUGAAAUUGCAACAAGGGUCUUCUUUGGUGUCAAUGAAUUCUAUUGUUGAAGCAAAGAGAGAAUUAUGGGAGUUAUAA